UAGCCUGUGCUAAGGUUACAUUGAAGCCCCCCUCCUGUCCUAUAUGCUUCCUGAUCUACACCCAUCAUGGGCAGGGAAAACUUUUAGGCUGCAUCUGCACCUCUCCUCUGACCAGCCCUGGAACUUUUUUCCUCCUCAACUUUUGCUCUCCCCCUCCUGGACUUUAAUUGACCCUCUUCAGAGAACCUACGUGACGGUGACCCUUUGGUAUAUUUAUCCUUUUUCAUCUUCAGGGGAAUUGAACAUCCAGUCCAGACACCAGUUGUAAUAUCUUUUGGUUGUGGCAGUUCUUCCUUGUAGGGGCUCUGUGCAUGGACUCAUCCUCGACCAUCAGGACUCAAACAGGAUUAGUGACGUGGCAGUCCAUGUUUUUUUUCUUCUCUACAACCUCGUUGUUGUUUUUUUCCUAAGGGAUUAAUUGCUGAAAUUACAUAUUCAAACCAGCAUGACUGAGCGAGUCGAAGCGCGAUCCUCCACCACAACCAUGGUCAUAGAGAGCAAAAACGGCGAGGCAGGACAGCCCCUAGUCAGGGUGUCUAAGAGGACCGUGACUGAUGACCUGUACACCACCUUCAGUUCCCCCAUGGCCUGGAUCCUGGUCCUAGCCCUGGUCAUCACCUGGUCCUGCGUGGCCAUCAUCAUGUUCGACCUGAUGGACUACAAGGGCCUCACAGGAGUCACCCCACCUCCCGCUGUCAGGAAAGCAAUUAAGGAGGCAGGGAGGUCUAGAGGAAGCAUUCAGCAUAUCAGCUCAGAUCCCAUGAAAGUGGUGAACGAGGCGGUGGAGGAGUCCACUGGCUGGGGCAACCUGCUUCUGACCUUUGCCUCCAACCUGGUAGCACCUGAGGAGGAGGAGGAAAUUGAAGGUGAGCUACAUCCGGUGAAGAAAAAAGUAAAACCACCCCCAAAAGAUAUAGCAUGGUACGUUGAAGAGGAUCAUCAUGCUGAAAGUGAGAAGGGGGGAACAGAAGGUACCAUGGCCAUGCUUUCCAGGUUUAUAGCUGCAUUCAUACCGUCCAGAAAACAAGUAACGCCACCUGUUGAAGAAACAAUAACCCCGCUUUCUGAAGAGGCUAAAGAGACUGAAGUAGAGGAAAAGACAGAAGAGAUCCAAGAGAUCAUCCCUCCAGAAGCACCAGAAGAGGAGGAGGAGACUGAGGAACCAUCUGCUGAACCAGAGCUGACAAUAGAGGAAGCUUUGGAAGAAGAAGUAGUGGAGGAAGAGACAGCAGAGCCCGAAUCCAAGGAGGAGGUAGAACCCAUCACUGAUACCAAGGAAGAGGAGGAGGAGGUAGCACCAGAGCAUGGACUCGAGGAGGUGGUGGUAGCAGCAUUGCCUGAAGCCGAGAAGGAGGAAGAUGAGGUAGCUGAGCCCAAGGAGGAGGUAGAACCUGCAGUCAAAGAGGUAAAGGUCCAGCAAGCUGCUACUCCUGCACAUCAAGUAGUGUGCCCUUGUAUGCAUUCAUCAAAACCAAAAGAGCCUGAAAGUGAGCCAGCGGAGGAAAAAGCUAAACAUGUCAAGAGGAAAGUAGCCAAGCAAGCUAAAAAGGCCACUCCUGAUCGGAAGAAGGCCCCUAAAAAGGAACCAGCAGUGAGAACUAAGAGAGAACGAGACAUGUGCAAGCCAGUUGAGAACACAAAAAGGAGAGAGGUUGCAAGGCAAUUGGAGUUAGAAGAGGCGAUCAGAAAGAGAGAACUCAGACUUAAAAAGGAAGUGAAGGAGAAGUCCACAAAGAAAGAUUCUCAACAUGUAGAUGCGGGGGUACCUGCACCUGCACCAGUUCCCACCUGUCAACCCACACCAGUCUACUGGCCAUCAUCACCUCCUGGGUGGUAUCUGCAUCACAUAUUCACAGACAAUCCAUUCCCACCUACAACUAUGACAGCAUCUCCACUGCAUAUUCCAACAGCUCAUCCAACUCAGUCAUUUUAUCAAGCUCCUCCAGCGUAUCAAGUUUAUCAAGCUCCUCCAGCUCAACCAGCAGCUCCAGUUCAACCAGCUGAACCAGCACCUGCACCAGCUACUCAACCAGCUGAACCAGCACCAGCAACUCAACCAACAGAUCCUGCACCUGGACUUGCACCGGCAACUCAACCAGCUUCAUGGACUCAAGAACCACAGGCUCCCAAAGAAAAGCAGACGGCUGCCACCAUAAAGAAGGUUCCAAAGGAAAAGACCAAGGCAGCUGCCCCAAAGAAGGAGCCAGAACCCCCUAAAGAAAAGGUUAAGAAGCAAGACGCUGUGGUGUCCAAAGAGAAGGUCAAACCAGCUGUUGUAAAGAAAGAGGUUGUUGUUUCCAAAGAAAAAGCUGAAACAACAGCUGCCAAGAAAGAGCCUGUGGAAAAGGACAAAAUAACUCCUACGAAGAAAGAGCCUGCAAUCUCCARAGAAAAAGUCAAGACAAGCACUACCAAGACAACCACAAGCACUUCCAAGAAAGUUGUUUCAGAACCUGAGCCCCUAAAAGAGAAAGCCACUCCAAGAGUCCCCACUAUGAGGAAAGGUAACCACACAAAUGUAGUGGUGCCAAUGGUAAAAGCCAUGGCAAGAGUUGUCGCUAUAAGACCCAUCCCUACAACAAAAGUGAAGGAGGAGAAGCUAUYCAAAGAACCUGAGACAGCAAAAGAGAAACCAAAAGCGGCAGAGAAAAAAGAAGACAAGGUAAAGGAUGUGAAGACAUCAGAUGAUAAAGCUGAGAAGACUGAGAAGAAAGCUGUGAAGGAGGCUAAAGAGAAAGAAGUGAAGCCUCCUGGUAUAGCAAAAGAAUCUCAGACUGACGAGAAUGCCAUGGACAAGAAGAAGCCAGGUCAGAAAGUCUUGCAGUGUGUUUUAAUGGUUGGAAAGAAUGCCCACUACCCUUUGCGACCUUCCACCCCUGGUAUGACCCCUGUGUCGAUGAGCCCAGCCAUGCGGUCCAUGAUGUGGCAGCAGGCGCAGCAGCAGAAAGCCAGAGCGGCGGGGCAGUAGACUCGCUUCUCACCUCCAUGCUGCUCCCUCUAGUCGUCUGCACGGCAGCCUUAACCAGGAUAAUCAGGGACAAAAGGGGAAGGAUGGAUGGACAGUACAGUAUUAUUUAUUUUUCUAUGACCGGUCGAGCUCCCGUGAGUAAAGUCCCUGAACUCUUUUCUUUUACCUGUGGCUUUGCCGCUUUUGCUAGCGCUCAGCGCUGAGUCCUUUGUGAUCUAUGUUUUUCAACAGAUUUAUUUAUAAGAAAAGGAGUGUAAGUUAUGCCUAUAUAUUACCUUAGGAAGCAAAUGAAAUUGAUAAUUUCUGUAAAUUUCAACCAAAUUCAAUGAACAUAUGCAUAUAAAUUGUAAUUUAGCUCAAGUUCAAUGUAUAUAAUGUACAUGUAAUAUCAACAUCUUGCCAUUUUCAUUUGUUGAAUAAUUACUUCACGUUAUAAUUUUUUCAUUUGUUACUUUUAUCACAAUAUUCAUCAAGUUCAGGAUGACAAAACAUCUGUAAAUUGAUUUUGGGGUCAUACAUUAUCAAUGGCACUGUGAUAAAAAUUGAGUUUAGUUUUUAUUUCAUGUUUUGAUUCAAUUUUAUUAAGGAAACAAAUUGAACAUGCUAUACAAUAACAAAUUAACAAUAUAGCUCACUUUCUCCGAACAUGUCCAUGUCUGUAUGAUUCUGUUGAUGUGUGACAUUUCCUGCUGUAACAGGAAAUCCUAAGCCAUUUUUUAAGACUAUUGUAAUAGUUGAAUAUCAAAUCAACAGUGACGAUCUUCAUAAUCAUUUUAGAAAUUGUGUGCAUCACAGUUUGAUCAUGAAAGAGGAUCGAUAUUUGUAUUUGCCUAAAAAUGGCAGAAAUUCUUAUUUGAGUAUAUCUGUAUUUAGAAAGAAUAUUAUUAUUUUAUUUAAAAAAAUAUUCAUCAAAUUAGUUCGCCUGCCAAAGAUGACAAGAAGUUUUCACCUACAGUAAACGUUUCUACUCCUUGUCAGAUGUUAUUAGAUAAGGUACAGGUAUGUUAACACUAACUGUAGUUAUCUGACCAGAUCUGCAUAAAACACAUGGCUUAAGAACACUGCCUUAUCACUCAUUACACACACUUUUAAAGCAAGGUGAUGUUAUGUUGUCAUUUUUGUUUAAUAUGCUACUUCCAUGUAAAUAACUGUAUCAGCUUGUAUCUUGCUGCUUGGCAUGUUGGUAAAGAAUUGUGGGAAGAUGA